CGAUAAGAAGGAAAGAUAUACAAAUAUAACAGAACAUAGAGAGGAGAUCAUUAAAACUUUGAUUCUAGUUUUAUCGAUAAUUCUGAUGUACGUAAUAAUCAAAAUACCACAUGUAGCCUCCAAACCGAAAUUCUGAACAAUCUACAACAUACUAAAAUACCUUUUUAUAGGUUCGUCCAACAUCAUAUCAUAUGCAUUGUAAAAAGAAAGAAAAAAAAUCGAACAUUGAUCCACAUGUAUCACAUAUGGGCAAAAACUAUAAUCAACUUUGGGGUUACUCUUCUUGUCUCUUCCUUCAAAUAAUCCACAUUUUGUACUCAGCCAUGAACUGGAGCCCUAGAUCCUUUCCCAUUGUCGUUAGUACUUCAUGAUCCUUGAUUCCUUUCUACCCAACAAAACAAAGAACAAAACCCAUACUUAAUUGUUGUACAAGACAACAGCAUAUAACACAUACAUAAUUUAAUAAAUCAAAAAUUGGAAUUACACUUGAAAACAAUCAUUAUUCGUUAAUUAGAAUCAACUUGGAUCCAUCAUAUAUAAAGGAGGAAGCAGCUGGAGGUCAAUAACCUCAACCAAAAACCAAAACCUUAACUAUAACGAUGAUGAAACUAGCCACGACAAUCUCCACGACGCUAUUGCUUAUUUUCUCGUCGCUAAUACUUCAUCCCGAUUGGUCCCUCGCGGAACUCGACGACGACACCAAUAGCGACGGUGGCUCAUCCACUCAUGCGCUGGCCCGGUAUUACCAGACAAUGAAACAUCACGGGCGGGGCGGAAGGCACCGGCCCGCGUUCAGGCCCGGCCCAUGGAAGAAAGCCCACGCCACUUUCUACGAGGGCAACACCCGAACCUACGGCGGAGCGUGCGACUACACCGACGUGGUCGGGGAAGGCUACGGCAUGAACACGGCGGCGCUCAGCAACGCUCUCUUCAGGGACGGCAGAGUCUGCGGCGCGUGCUUCCAGAUCCAGUGCGUCGACGACCCGCAGUGGUGCAAACCGGGUCAACCGCCUCUGUUCGUUACGGCUACGGAUCUCUGCCCGCCCAACCCGUUCCAGCCCAGCGACAACGGCGGGUGGUGCAACCCGCCCCGAGAGCACUUCGACAUCGCCAUGCCCGUUUUCAGCCACCUCGCCGAGUACAAGGCCGGGAUCAUCCCCGUCCAAUAUCGCCGGGUGCCAUGCAGGAAGAGAGGUGGGAUCCGGUUCACGAUGAACGGCAACCAAUGGUUCUACGAGGUCAUCGUGUCCAACGUCGGAGGAGCCGGAGACAUCGUCGGCGUCCAGGUGAAGGUCGACAAGAGCAGGCUCCGGUGGACGUCGCUGGACCACGACUGGGGCGCGACGUGGAAGACAGGCUUCCCUUUGCAAGGAAAGUCGCUGAGCUUCCGGGUGAAAGCGAGCGACGGGAGGUACAUGACUUCCAUGCACGUCGUCCCCAGCGACUGGCAGUUCGGCCAGACUUUCGAGGGACGGAACUUCAAGACCGGGAGAAGAAGCCGGAGCUUCAAGUCCGGUGGGAGGAGAAGGAAGGGCGUUGGCCAACUUUAAGUCCUCGUUAAAUUAAUUUUAUUAAUUUAUAUGGCCGAGUUAUUUUUAAAGGCGAGAAAUAUGAGAAACAAGAUCGAAUCGCCUGCAGGAUGGUAGUCACAUUAUUACGAGUUGCUAACGAUCGAGGCGUAAGAAAGAUUGGUAUUCAAAUUGAGUUAUGGAUCGAAUAGGAGUAUAGGACAUGUACAAUAUUAUAAAUUGCAAGUUAUAAUUAUUGAUUUCAGUCCAUUUAUUAUGGAUAUGGUUAGAAAAAAUCGUAGAUCGCUAU